UGUGGUUAUUUGUGUUUUAUCUCUUUCUAUCAUAGCGAUUGUUAUUAUUGCUUUCCCUCUCUAACGUGUUAUUUUCAAACCUUCCGAUUACGAAAUGAAUGAAUCUAUUACAAACCUUGAAUCUUGAAACGCAUGAUUGUCAUUGAAUGAAGUUGUGAGUGGACAUGAUUGAUUAAAUCGAUAAAUAUUAUUAUAAAUAAACAGUAAAACAGCAUUACUACGUAAAAAAAUCUAAAUCCUUCUUAUCAGAGGCUUUGUUUAUCGUAAAACGCGUCUAAACAUUGAAAGUUGUCAAGAAAUUAUGUGAAAAACGCGCGUAUCGCGUUUAAUUAUUUUACACAAGCAUAAACAAAUGUAAGAUAUCUCGUUUCGAAAAUAAUGAGUGGUUUUUAUAAUGAGCAGAAUAUUGGCGAUAGCAUUUACGCGAAUACGUAUAGUUUGUGGGGUAACUCGAAGUAUUAUGAUAUAAAGAACUUGUCGCCGCAGAAUUUUACCAAUCGGAGUAGUACUGUAGGGAGUGCGAUAGGGCAGGAGUUUAGGACGCGAUGGGUGCCCGAAGCGGAGGUAAAGAAACCAGAUUAUUUCGCUCGUCGGAUUAUUACAAGGGAGUCCUUAUACCAAGAACCGGAUAAGAAUAAGAAAAUAAAAUAUGAAAACAAAAAGUUGAGUACAGCCAUUGACUGGACGAUGGGUUACUGGGAAAAGGCUGACUGGCUAGAUGAGACUGCCGAGCAGUCAGGCACCAGUCGAGCUGGUGUCAAGAAACCGGUGUUGGACGGUGCUAAGAUGCAGAAGAAACUGGAUGAGAUGCUCUCUAAACCAGUCAAGAUGAGCAAGGCUGAGAGUAUGAUGCAGAAGAUGGGAUGGCAGGGCGGUGCUCUGGGACGGAGCGGGGACGGUAUCGUGGAGCCCAUCGCGCCGAAUGCUGUAUAUUCAUCAAACAAAGUCGGUUUCGGUCAACUGCAACUCCUAAAGCCGCAGCCACCAAAACCAGCCGAAAAGAGACAACAUUUCGAAACAAACGUGCUCCACAAUGUAUACGAAUUUGUUAGAAACAACAAUGAAAUAGAGUUACUUUUCGACACGAAACUGCGAAGAGAUGAACGAAAGAAGAUACACCAUAUAGUGCAGUUGAAGGUGCAAGCAGACGAUCUAACUGCAGUUGACUUUGAUAACACGGACCAGGUGGAGAUCGUUCUCCAAAUAAAUAAUAAUAAUUGCUAUAUGCUGCAUACGAAAAGCUACGGUAGUUUUCCUAAUCGCCAAUUAUGCCUGUUCAAAGUAGCACCCGAUCACGUAUUUCUAGUUACGCCACAUCACCUUAGAACUACCGUAGAAAACGAUACAGAUGACGAACUCAUUGAAGAAGAGUGCACAGAAGAUGUAGUAUCCGAACCCCCAGUAGACCAAAAAGUCCAGAAGCCGCCAGAAGAAAAAAAACCAGUAGACCAAAAAGUUCAGAAGCUUCCAGAAGAAAAGAAACCACAAGAAUUGGAACCGGAAGAAACAAAUCCGUUCCUAAGAAGCAUUACGAGGAAUUUAAAGAAAGAUUCGGAGUCGGAAACCAAAGAAGAUUCGGUAAAUCCGGAAAUUCCGGAAAACCCGAAAGUUACGGAAGCGGAGAAGAUCCCAGAAGAACCGGUUGUUCCGAAAAUGUCGGAGAAUAUGCAAAUGAUAGUGGAAUAUUAUAUGGAGUUUAAGGCGAAGAAGAAGUUUUCUCAGUUUAAGUUCUUAGGGCCCUUUGAUAGGGCGCAGACGAUUGCUAUCAAUGACUUUAUGGAGGAGGCGAAGAAGUAUCUGAAUAAAGAGCCGUGUGCACACGCCAAGGUUUUUGAAAAGGUGGAAUUUGAAAUAAAGGAAGAUUGCACCGGCAAUACUGGGAUAUUCAAGAGGCCUGUAAAAAACCGAGUCAAACAAACACAACAAAGCGAAUCAUGUAAGAAUUACUUGUUGUAAGUAAUUUAUAUUUAUUUUGUUUAGUUUAAUUACAAAACAUAACUUUAUUUCUGUUCAUUGUAACUAGGUUAUACAGCUUACUUACGUAACUGUUUGACGGGUUAACUCGACUAGUUUCAAGACACGUUGGGGCCCAUAAUUAUCCUACUAGAGAAAGGGGCUUGACAGUACAACCUGCUUUGUUCCUCUUUCUCGAAACAAACUGCUGGACGGAUUUGGAUGAAAUUUGGUGCAGAGAUAGUUAUAGUCUGGAUUAACUCAUGGU